UGGUUGGCUGGCAGCAAUCGGGUUCUUCCAGAACAGCGUUGGGGCUGCCGUGGUCAUGCUGCUGCCGGCCAUCAUGUUCUCCCUGUCGGCUGCCAUGAUGGCCAUUGUGAUCAUGAAGGUGCACAGGAUCUACCGAGGGGGCGGCGGAAGCUUCCAGAAGGCGCAGACAGAGUGGAGCACGGGUGCUUGGCGGAACCCUCCAUCGCGGGAGGCCCAGUACAACAACUUCUCUGGGAACAGCCUGCCCGAGUACCCCACUGUGCCCAACUACCCAGCCAGUGGCAGCCAGUGGCCUUAGAGGAAGAUGGCCAGCCCUGCGGCCCGCCUACCACCCCCUGCCCCUCCAUUCCCACCACCGCCCUCGGUCCGGUGAGGCCUAGAGUGUCUGUCCCUACACCCUCCCAGGUGGGCCUAACCAGGGGCUUCCUCAGCCAGGGCAAGCACCGCCUGGCUGCUGGCUGACCCUGUCACCAGCAGAAGGAUACCCUCUUGGUCCUAAAAGCGUGCGGUCGCUGUGAUGUCUAUGACGCAGCAGGCACAGCCUUUUCUCCCCAGGUUGCAUGGGGCUGACCAGCCGCACCCCCUGAGGGAGGUGGCAGCAGGCUGACCGCCCUCCCGUUCUUCCAGAGCAGCCGGCGGCUGAAGCGGGAGCCCUCCUGGCACUGGGCUCCGUCUCUGCCCACCACCCACCCAUCACCAGGGCAGACUCCCUGGCCCUGAAGCAGGAAGAGGCCUCGCAGCGCCAGCUCGCAGUCCCCGCAGGUGGCCGAGGGGCUCAUUGUACAGCCCAGUCCCAUGCUUUGUUAUCCUCCAAAGUCCCCUUCCACAGCUAAUGACUCCACAGAGCAGCCCACGGGGCACCCAAGCAGGUCGACCAUGAUCUGUGCGUCUCCCCGGCCCCCAGCCUACCUCCCCACCUCUCUUCCCCCAUAACCGAGAGAUUCAGGAACUCCAUCAGCUGGUGUGGUUACUGGAGAUGGUCCCCUCCUCGAACCAGGGACCUUGGGCACAACCUCUGCUCCCCGAGAUCCAAGACCCGGUUCCUUUGCUGGAGGAGAGAGAGGCCAGGUGGGGAGCAUGGCCUCCCCCCCCAGACAAAGCAAACGUAUAGGAAGAUGCAGAGCGUCCGUGGGCCACGUGUACCCCAGCAC